GCGUUCGCCUAUUUGAAUCUGUUGCGUCAAGUGACAUGACGAUAUGCACCGCUGGUAAAACCUAUACAUAAAAUUCACCUUGUUGUUACGAAGCAGAGAGAUGCGUGUUUGUAUAGAACAUGUACAAAAUGACUGGAAAAUCGUAACUAGGCAGAAGGAUCAACAGGUAAUGAUGCGUUAUGCGAGGAUUGGCCGCUAUAUUACAGUUUUCUGUACUACUUUCAUGCAAGUUGGUGUCUUGUCACACUGCACGAUGGCGGCUUUCGCCACGAGAAUCAUCGAGAUAGGAAAUGAAACAAAAAUUAUACGUCUGUUACCCUGCGGUUUCUAUAAAAAUUUAAUCCCAAUUGACGUUAGUCCAACAUAUGAAAUCAUACUUGCUUCGCAAUUUAUGUCUGGAUUUAUCGCAAAUUCAAGCGCAGUUGGCGCAGUUGGCAUGGCUGCUGUAUUUGCAGCCCACGCGUAUGGCCAACUGACUAUUCUCAUGAUGUGGAUCAAGGAAUUUGUGAAUCGAUCGAAGGAUCAUAAUACAAAUGUUGGACUGAAUGAAAUUGGCGAGAUCGUUGAACAUCAUCUCAGAGUUCUGAGUUUUAUAGCAGGUAUCGAAGAUGUGAUGAAUGAAAUAUGCUUCAUGGAACUGUUCAAGUGUACGAUGAACAUUUGCAUGAUUGGAUAUUAUAUCCUUAUGGAAUGGAGAGAUCAUGAUAUUCAGUAUAUGCCCGCAUAUUUAAUAAUACUUUUUUCUAUGACUUUUAACAUUUUUGUCAUAUGUUAUAUUGGUGAGACACUAAAAGAACAGUGCGAAAAAGUUGGAGAAAUGGCUUAUAUGACAAACUGGUACUACUUACCUUACAAGGACAUACUUAAUUUGAUCCAGAUAAUCUUAAGAUCCAGCAUGAUGAUUAAAAUCACUGCUGGUAAGCUAGUUAAUAUGUCCAUAUUCACCUUCGGUAAUGUAAUGAAAACUGCUUGCACAUAUUUCAACCUGUUGCGUCAAGUCACAUAACACAGUACAUUUUUGAUCUGUUGAUGC